UUCAGCAGCUGGCAGGGAGCUCCAGAAAACCACAGUCACUUCCACCAUUCUUCCUGAAUGGACCCCCGCAUGAGGGGCUUUUCCUUUUCUUUUCAAAGCCACUGCUCUGGAAAAUGGGCCUGAGCUCUUCCAAGGCACACCCCAAGGUGACCAAGGUGGCACCGAUGCCCCCCAGGGAGGACCUGCCUGCUCUCACUGCUCCAUACCAGCUCCCCAGGAUGUCUGGAGAGCCCAACCUGCACCCACAGACCAUGGCAGAGUGGGGAAACCCCACCUGUCCCCAGCAGCUUCCACCUGUCCGUGAGACCUGGUAUGGCAGAACCUCUGCAGGGCCCCUUCCUUUCAACACCGUCCUGGAAAAGGGAGAAACCAGCAUCAUUAAACAGCACCCACCUCGAAGACCUCAAUGGCUUGAACCUGCUGCCCCUCUGCAAGAAGUCCCUCCUGCAAAGCCCUGGAGUCAACAAGCAGUGGCUGCAAGCCCAAGGAUGAAGGCUGUGGAGAAGAGGGGGCAAAGCCUGAGACACCCCCCAGGCAGGCGGCAGCACUUGCACAAGCUGCAGAUGCUGGAUUUGACCCGUAGGCGCCGAGAGGCAGAGCUGAAGCGAAAUCUCCACAGGGAGGCAAAAAUCAAUAAACAAAAACUCAAGGAAUCCAGCCCAAAGAACGUCCUUGACACUCUCCAGAGAGGCGACAGCGCCAAGAGCCGAGACCUGGUCCCUGCUGAGCACAAUCAGUGUUUUCAUGGAGACGACCAUGGAAACACGUGGGGCAGAGGACUCUCCAGGCAACACGACGGGGCUGAAGUCUCUCCAGGCAGGAGCAGCAAGGUUGACCUGUGGUUCUGCAGGGAGCCACGGACACGGGAUCUGUUCUGGGACACCUCCAGCACCGGCUCUGAGGAGUGGGAAAGGGAAGAGAAGAUUUACCACAAGCGUAGGCUUGUGAGAACCAAGACAGAGAGAUUUUCUCUCUUUGAUGACUUCUUUGAUAAGGACUUCUAGUGGUGGGGUGGGAGGGACACGCUGAAGAAGAAAGCUCCAGCCUUGGUGGAGCUGAAAACCUUCCAGAUGGAUGGAUUGAAGGUAGAGACACGAUGUUGGCAGUUAGUGGCAUUUCUGGGAGGAGGGUGCAGUGGAAAGGACAGCUGGAAAUGAGGAGGUCACUGGUGUGGAGUGAACAAUGACUGUCUGGGCUAUGUGGCUGAACCAAAACAUCUGUGGAAGAAAUGGCUUGGACUGAGCAACAAUGAAGUAAAUGUAGAUGGAGGAGAAGGAGGCUGGCAAAAAAAAACAACAAACCAACAACCCAAGAAGAAGCUGAAAAAUAUUCUGGGACAACCCCAAAUAAUAAGUUCCAGCUGAGAUGAAAUGUUUCUUUUACUUCUGGGUUGCUCAACCUUUCCAUUUAACUUUCUGGUUUUAACCUUACAUCCUUUUCUAAACCACAAAAAACCCAGUUCAAAAUGCAAGGUAAAAUGGUUCAUUCAGGAAAUCUCUAAAAUAAAUAUUCUGGCAUUUCUAAAAUUCUUUUUUUUUACUCUUUUUAAAAAUUUUAUUUCCUCUCCUCCCCUGCUCUGGACACCAAAAUACAUUUACUUUCUUCUGUACCAACCUCCAGUUUUAUGGUUCAUCUUCUAAACAGCUGGUGUUUCUUCACUUGCCUUCUCUCUUCAGGGUUCAAUCCUGCACAGUGAGUGGUGGAACCUGAGGGAUCUCCAGCAUCUUCUGCAGACACACACCCCAGCUUUGCAGUGUGAUGGUCAAGGCUGCUGAAUCCACCAGGAAUUUGGCUGGACUGCCCUGUUGCAUCCUGACAUUUCCUAGUGCAUUGAAAAAGAUGGUUAUAUGAAGAGUGCCUGAUCUAUCAAAAAGAUCCAUGCAGAUCCAUCCCUCCUAAACUGUAUUUUAAAUAAAAUUGUCAGCUUUUGUCUCUAAAAUAAUUAAUUAUCUGAGACAGAACUUCA